CCUGCCAAAGGCGAGCUGCCAGCGGUGGUUCUGCCUGUUCUCAGCAGCCACUGCUGGUACAACUGGAGCAAACCAGCUGAAGAGCCCGCAGUGUGGUCCAGCGAGGAGAGCACCGACAGCAGCACGACGUCUCCAGACAGCUGGCCAACUACUCCACCAGAGAUGGAGGUGGAGCUGGAAGACCCAGAGAACAUGCCCGGCCUUGGAGACGAGGAGCUGCCUCACAUUCUGCUCCCCGACAGCCUGAGUCAGCUGGAGGAAUUCGGACGGCACAAGCGGCCUCGCAAAGCUCACCGCGGCCACGGGAGGCCCCGCCUCUUCAGUGACCUGUGGGUUCGCAUCGGAGAUAGCACCACUCCACCGCCUAACGUGAGGAUAAUCAACGGCUAUGUGACAGUGGAGCCUCCGCUGACCCAUCAAGAGCAGCACAGACGGAUGGAGAUCUCCGCCGCAGAGCGACAUCCCAGCCCAGCCUCCUCCACUCCGCCCAAUCCCAGCUCAGCCCAGCCGGCCUCGGUCCACAGCACACUCACACUGUCUUGUAUUUUAGCCUGGCUAUUAUCACACAUGCUGUUCACCUCCUGACCACAAGACAGCGUUAUCUCACAGACAAACAGAGACUACUGCGUCCGUACCAGAGCAGUGGAAUGCACCAGAUAAACAAGGAAUGACCAUCAGCACAUGCAGAAAAAAGACGAGGAACAAAUACUGCUGUCAGCCUCCACCUACAGGGAGGAUCAUCUUCAACCAGCUGAAGUCUUCACAAAGAUGUCUCAAAAUGUGUGGAAUAAGCUCUCAGCCACGAAACAAGCAACAAGUGGACUGUGUUAGAGUCUUCAAACCUCGUGAAAGAAUUACGGUAGAAUAAGAAACACAUAGCACAAUGAAGACCUGUAAUUUUGAAGAGUUUGUGUGGUGGAACUUUCUACCUAAUGAAAUCUGUAAUACUGUGUAGAAAAAAAUAAGACAUUAAUAAUGAGAGUAGGACAUACUAAUAGCAGUUG